AUGUAUAAAAUGGAAUAUUCUUACCUCAAUUCCUCUGCGUACGAGUCUUGCAUGGCCGGGAUGGACACCUCGAGCCUGGCUUCAGCCUACGCUGACUUCAGUUCCUGCAGCCAGGCCAGUGGUUUCCAGUAUAACCCCAUCAGGACCACUUUCGGGGCCACGUCCGGGUGCCCGUCCCUCACGCCAGGAUCCUGCAGCCUCGGGACCCUCAGGGACCACCAGAGCAGCCCGUAUGCCGCAGUCCCUUACAAGCUCUUCACCGACCACGGCGGCCUCAACGAGAAGCGCAAGCAGCGGCGCAUCCGCACCACGUUCACGAGCGCGCAGCUCAAGGAGCUGGAGAGGGUCUUCGCGGAGACGCACUACCCGGACAUCUACACCCGGGAGGAGCUGGCGCUGAAGAUCGACCUCACCGAGGCGCGAGUGCAGGUGUGGUUCCAGAACCGCCGCGCCAAGUUCCGCAAGCAGGAGCGCGCAGCGGCGGCCGCGGCGGCCGCGGCCAAGAACGGCUCCUCGGGCAAGAAGUCGGACUCCUCCCGGGACGACGAGAGCAAGGAGGCCAAGAGCACCGACCCGGACAGCACGGGGGGCCCGGGCCCCAACCCCAACCCCGCGCCCAGCUGCGGGGCGAGCGGCGGCGGCGGCGGCGGGGCGGCGGCGGCGGCGGCGGCGGCGGCGGCGGCGGGGGGCCUGGCUGCGGCCGGGGGCCCCGGACAGGGCUGGGCUCCCGGGCCCGGCCCCAUCACCUCCAUCCCGGAUUCGCUCGGGGGCCCCUUCGCCAGCGUCCUGUCUUCGCUCCAGAGACCCAACGGUGCCAAAGCCGCUUUGGUGAAGAGCAGCAUGUUCUGA